AAGGUUUUGAAUAAUAGUAAUAUUGCAAAGGUAGUAUUUUUAAAGAAAAGGUUAAAUUUUGAUUUGGAAGUUUGGAGUUGCAAAUGGAAAUGGAGAACUCGAAUAACAAUAAACUAAAAUUUGUAAGAGAAAAAAAAAAUGUUCUUUUCUAAUCCUAAAUAAGAAAGAGAGACCGAUGCAAAGUUGAAAAAUUCCUGAAAUGGAAGACGCGGCAAUAUAAUUGCGAGAGAAGUUUCUGACGGGGCUCCAUUUCUUCUUCCUUUACCCCCAACCAUUUCUCAGGUUCCUUCUACAUCUCUUCUCUCUGUUUCCUUCCACGAACAACACACCACGCCGCCUUCUCUACUUUAUAUACAAAGUAAAAUUCUCUCCUUUUAUCUUUAAUCCUCAAUUCGAUUUGGUUGUUUUUUUUUUGUUUUUUUAUUUUGUGGGUUACAAGACCCUUUUGAAUAUUCUAUUCUGGUUCUUCAAUUUGAUUCAGUUUUUUGUUUUGUGGGCUGUGUUCGACAUCUCCUGUGAAUAUUCUGUUCUGGGUCUCUUCAGAAAAGGGUAAAAGUUUUUGAAGGGCCAAGUCGACUUUAGAAUUAUACCCAUCUCGCAUUUUGAUUCUUCCAUGUCGACAUAUAGCAUUCAGGGUCAACCUCUUGAAGUCACCGUUAUUGGAUGCACAAAGUUGAAAGAUACAGAAUGGAUUUCAAGGCAGGAUCCUUACGUGUGUCUUGAAUAUGGUAGUACAAAGUUUCGUACCACCACUUGCACAGAUGGUGGUAGAAAUCCAACAUUCCAAGAGAAAUUUGUUUUUUCUCUUAUUGAAGGGCUAAGAGAGAUUAUUGUCACAGUUUGGAAUAGCAAUACAGUUACUUAUGAUGACUUUAUUGGCAAUGGAAAAAUCCAAUUGGCUAAAGUUCUAGCAGAAGGGUAUGAUGAUAGCUCAUGGUCACUUCAAACUAAAACUGGCAGACAUGCUGGGGAAGUACGACUGAUACUACAUUUCGCAAAUGCCAAUAGACCUACAUCAAGUUUUGCGCCCUCAGCACCACCAUUUCAUGCACCUACUCCACCCCAAGUCCCUGCGUACGCUACGAUGCCACCGCCACCGGCACACCCCACAGCGUACCCUCCUCCUAAUGCUACACCCUAUGCAUCAUUCCAAUCUCCCUAUCCUUCUUACCCACCCAGCUCCGGAACAUAUCAAACAUCCAUGUAUUCCUCCCCAUACCCCCCUGGGUAUCCUCCCACAUCGUACCCCCCACCUCCCUCGGCUUAUCCUCCCAAUCCUUACCCACCACCUCCACAAGCCUCACCUUUCUAUCCUCCAGGUCCUUACCCUGGAGUUUAUCCCCCACCUCAGUAUUGAAGUCGCAAGGUUGGCUCUGAAUGAUCAUUUCAUAAGUUGUAUAGAGCUCCACGUUCUUUUAGUCUGGCUGUAGACUUCUAUGCUAAUGGGUUUUUUUUUUCUUCAUAGUCCUUUUUUGUUUGGUGUAAUUUGUAAAGACAGGGAUUUGACAGUAAUAUAUUGAGGUUGCUGUUCUUUU